AUGGCCCCGUCUUCCUCCUCUUCACGCCUGUCCACCGACGAACUCACCGGUCUCAUCGCUGGCAUCAUCGUCUUCGUUAUCGUUGCAGCAACGAUCGGCAUCAUGUUCUGGCACCGCUACCGCCACCCCGUCGAACCCUAUCCUCCCCCGACUGCGAUGGCACCGGCAGCCCCAUCAUUAACGUCCCCACCCCUCCCCGCCGACGACCCAGGUAUCCUUGGUUCCCCAGCCGUCACGGGCCCAGGCCUACCAGGCUGGCCGACGGCAGCACAAAUCAGGAUCCCCGUGCGAGCGCACCCUCACCCGAAGCGGAGGACGCAAAGCUCAGAGCUCUCCCCCUUUGGAUACCUUCCCACCGUCAACGAACGAGCACCGACACCGGCCUUCCGGUCUUCCAUGAUGGACCUGCCCGAGGAGGAGUCCGCGCAAGAUAUGAGCAGGAGGCGGAGCGUCGGGGACAUUGGCAUGGCGAUUCCCAUGUCGCCUGAGCGGGGGGGCAGUCGGUUCUCCACGAUGCGCGUGUAG